AUGGACCUGAUUGUGAAGACCCUGCUGGGGGUGGAGUUCCUUGCUUGCAUCCACGAGAACAGCUGUUUCGAGCUCUAUGGCUUCGAUGUGCUGGUGGAUGAGAGCCUCAAGCCAUGGCUGCUGGAGGUCAACCUCAGCCCUAGCAUGCAGGCAGACAGCCCCCUGGACAAACAGAUCAAGUCGACCUUGCUCACGGACGCCUUCAACUUGCUCGGCAUUCGCAAGCUGGAUGCCUCCACGCUGACUUCCGCGCGGCUGAAAGCGCGGUUCCUGCAGCCUGGCUUUGUAUGGAACCAGCCGAACAUGAAGCAACAGCAAGCAGUGGGCAUCUCCUCUGUGUCGUCCCCUGAUCGGGUCGACUGA